GCUAGCUAAUUCUUCCAAUAAUGAUUUAUAUAAAAACAUUAGAUCGAAUGAAUCUACUUCUUUAAGUAAUGUAAAUGAAACUGGCUCUUUUAUAAGCAGUAAUUUACCUGAUAGCACUAAUUUAAAUCCAUACUAG